AUGUUGCCAUCUUCUUGCAGACUGACUUAUUUGAUAUCAAGAUUUAUCAAGAUCAAACUUCUAAAUCUUGAACCAGAAGAAUACCCUUUCGAUAAAGAAGCUUUAAAGCAAAAAGACUUAGAAGAGGACGAUCCUUUUACUAUUGCAUUUCAUGGGUUUUAUAAUGGAACUCAUAUCUCAGAUGGAUUCUAUAAUAUUGAAGUAGAUUUAGUCCCAAACCUCAAAAUUCAGCCUAAUUUGAUGCUCAAAGUAUAUUUCUGGACUGUGAGAUAUAGAAAAUCAAAAUUACAAAUGACCAUCAUUAGGGCCGAUGUUGUGCCCACUCUGAUAUUUUCAUUAAAAGAGCCUACAGUCUCAAUUGAGGACAGUCCAGUUAUUUCUCAGCUCCUGCAAGCUCAUAGAUACUAUAUUGCUAUCAAUAGUUUCGAUAAUAACCCAGGGCCUUUUUCAAAGUGGCUCAGCCAAAAUCCUACAAUAAAUAUUGAAAAUCCCUUAAAUAUAAACGAGCAAGAGAAGGCCGAACCAAAUAAUUUUUCUAUAGAAGAUAAGCAAGCCUAUCCUAUCUUCACAAGCAAGCAUUCAGAAACUGCUUAUUCUCCAUCUCUAAUUAAAAGUCCCGAAAAGUGAAGCUCUUCCAGCAUCCCUCUCCCAAAUUUACCCUCAGCUAUCUCAUCAAGCCCCAUUUUUGCCUCCCUUUCGCCUUUCUCAAUUGACCCUUCUUCCAUUUCCUUCUCUGACCCCUCUGAUAUCGAAGACCUUGACAUUUUCCCCCCAUGGGCUCUGGCUUAUCUUAAACUCUCAUAUAAAAUCUGAAUAAACUUAAAAAUGGAGCAAGAUUACGAUUAUCUCUUUAAGCUUCUGUUGAUUGGUGACAGCAACGUCGGGAAAACCUCAGUUCUGUUAAGAUACGUUGAAGAUACAUUUAACCCUGAGUUCCAAACAACAAUAGGCGUUGAUUUCAAAAUCACCACAUUGGAGCUGCAAGGAAAAGUCAUUAAACUCCAGCUCUGGGAUACCGCUGGACAAGACAGGUUCAGAAAUAUUGUGGCGUCCUAUUAUAGAGGAGCUCAGGGGAUUGUUCUCAUGUAUGAUAUUACUAAUACUGAAAGCUUCAAAAAUAUUAAUCGAUGGUUUGAGGAAACCCAAAGCUACCUCCCAGCAAAUACUCCUAAGAUGAUUAUAGGGAAUAAAGUCGAUUUGGCAAGCAAAAGAACUGUUACCCAAGAAGAUGCUCAGAGUCUAGCUGACAGAUUGGGGGUGAAAUAUAUAGAAACUUCAGCAAAAAAUUCAGUGAAUAUUAGAAAAGCGUUUGAAACUAUGUCUGCGUCUAUACUUGAAAAAAUCUCGAAAGUAGCCACAACCCCUAGUACUCCAGGUGGGACAAAAAUAACUGAAGGAAAAAGCAUCAAAAAAGGAUGCUGUGCCUAA